ACAUAUUCCAAUUUUCAACUCAGUUCCCAUGUACAUUUCCAGCACGUUCAAUUUGGUGGAAAAUCAAUAAGAUUCAAUGUGUUAUGCUUUGUAACAUUAGCCUAUAGAAUUUAUGUAUAAAUAUACAUGGAGGUUGGAAACACUUCGGAAAAGAAGUGGGCUUAUUGUUGCAGCUGGAUGACUAAACUGGUAUAAUUUGUUUCGAAGAAGGAAUAAAAGAAAGGGUAUUGCUGUAUAGAUUGUUUAUAUAAUAUAUACUUGGGCAGUUUGGAUGGUGUAACAAAAAUGUGUCCUCAAGAAUAUCUGAGAAGUUUCAUUAAUAUAAUUAAGUAUGGCUGGACAAUGUUUUGGGCAAUACUUGUUCGUGUUAUUCUGAUAUGUCAUACAAUGAUUACAAUAUGGAGGACAGUAGAUACAAAAGGAGAAGGAGUGUAUUGGUAUUUAUUAAAUUUUGUCCUCUUACAACUGAGUGAAGGAAUAUACACCGUGGUUCGAAAGAAAGGAGCUGAAAAUAAUUGAUGAUUUAUGAGUCGCGAUGUCGUGGAAAAGUGAAGUUUGGUUUGCCCUGGGUGAAUGCUGUUUCUAUUUGAUAUCAAUUAUUUGGGCUUUAUUAGUGAGGUUAAUACUUAUACUUCACACAUAUGUGUCAUUAUGGAAAGUUGUAACUCAAACAAAUGACGAACAAUAUUGGUACCUUCUGGGUCUAGUGUCAAUACAACUUGGUGAACUAAUCUACAGGGUUGCUGUCUGUAAGGGAAAUGAAGGGAUGUGGGUUUGUCCAUGUUUCUUUUUUUAUCUGCUGAGUACAGUUCCUUCAAUCUGGAUCCUAGAAUUGGACAGGCUAGAACAGUAUGAUCUGAUUUCCCAGAAUGUAACAGCUUCAGGUGUGGCAUUGUCAUCGGUUCAAGGGAUAAGUAUACCAAUAAAAUUAAGUGCUGAUGUCUGGGUGUCGGUCAUAGAACAGUCUUUGUUGUUUCUGCUAAUUUUAUGUCGUUGGAUACUUCCGCGAGGGGAGAUCACUCGUGACCAACUUUCUCAACUCUUGUUUGUGUAUAUUGGUAUGGCUUCAGAUAUUAUGGAGUUAUUUGUGUUAUUUGAUGAACAAACAGUGAGAAAUGACAGGGUGUUGGUCUACAUCAUUCUAGUUGUUUGGUCCAUCAGUUUACUUCAGUUUUGUCUGGUUCUCACGGCUACUCGUAAUCCCAAAAAGGCCAGAGUAGCAACAGUCCACCCCACUGAAUCAUCCGCACCAACGAAAGGCAAGAAAAAGAAGGAUGUAUUAAUAAUGUGUCUGACGACAGAAGUGUGGAGUUUGUUGGUGACAUUCCUCAUGCAAGAUGGUCCGUUUUUGUGCGUUCGGUUGUACGCGUUGAUUAGAUAUACACUCAUAACUUACAAUAUUCUGUUCUUUACGUGUAAAAAUUUACUGGUGGUGAUGCUGCUGACAUAUCGCCUUAUUGUCUUGUGUUGUCAAAAUGACGAGAAUGAAAAGGACGACGAUGAAGAAAUUAUAAUUGGGCAACAGGAGAAAAAGGAUGCUGUAGAAGCUGCUGAUUAUGAUAAUGAGAAACCGACAAAUGGCAAUUUCGUUAGUGUUAUGAAUGUAAAUUAGCAUUAUACAAUGAUCCUCACUGGCGCUAAAUCUGUUCCGAGUCAGUGUAAAUGAACUUUUACUUGUUAUAAUGUAUUCUUGUUUAUUACUGAAAUGUCUUUCUGGUUGAUAUUAGAUAAACUAUAACCUAUUUUGUUGUCUCCUAAUUGUGAAUUAUGUCAAUCUUGUGUGAUGAGUUUGUCGACGGAUAUAUUACUAUUAUUUAAUAUUUUAUGUGGUGUUUUUUUUUUAAAUUUGUUAAAUGUCCUCCACCGACUAACAUUCUUUGUCUAAAUGUGGACACAUUAUUCCUUAUAAUCGCCGUAUUAAACUCCCAAGGCUCCAUGUUUUUUAAUGGUGAGGGCGUUCAAACAUAUAAAUAUGUCUUCUAUAAGAAGUUGAUUGCGAAGUAGAAAUCACCAGCAUUCCUCCCGCCGCAAAAACUAUAUCAACACUGAUAUGGCUAAAAUUCUUACAUAUGACGGUAUAAUAAUCGCAUGCAUUAAUGAUACUCACUGCUCUCUAAUGUCUAUUACGACUUCACAUAAUCAGAUUAUAGAAAAACAUAACUGAUGUAAAUGUUCGUUCUCUUCCAGUGUCCCAGUUAUAAAACAUAGAUUUCUUUAACGUUACUAUAAUAACAUAAUAACUCGUAUCCUCUUCACUAAUGUCCUAUUCACGCGUAUAUAAAUAACAUGCACUAUAUGUUGGGCUACCCGCUUUGAACCUCUACUCCAUGCCCCUCCAUUUUCAAGUUCGACGAUGGAACUUUUAUUCUGUUGAAUCAGACAAAUCGUCAAUCACAAAUUUCCCAGCUCUCGAAAACAACAAUCUUCUUUGAUGAGUGCCUGGAAUACAUUUCAUUGUAAAUAAAACUGAAUGUUCAAAACAAAUGGGAGCCUCAUUUACCUGGAACACUAGUCUAUGGUCUUUUUAAACCCAAAACUUUAAUCAUAUACAUAGUUUUUAAUAACCAUUAAUCUCUAUUUAUUAACUCGUCACGACCUUAUACUGGAUGGGAUAAAUGAUUUGGAAAAGAGUCCAGUAUACGACAUGGUGUAUACUUAAUAAAUAGAACAAUAUAGAGAGACGAAUUCUUGAAUUACCACAAUGCUUUACUUGGCCUGUUUAACAAUUUCAGUGUCAAUUUAUCAGAAAAAUCCACCUACCCGUAAUAAAUAUUUCCACGGAAUUUUCACCAGAGUUAUCUAUCCCUGGUCAUCGAGACACACAUAUAUAGUCCGACAGAACUAUGGCUGAACCUGGAAAUUGCAUAAGUUCUUUUAUGAUUGAUUUUAGUAGCCUGGGUGUACUCUUUCGGAAUCUGCCGGGUGAGUCUGGGUCAACCUUGAGCGUUUUGAGAAAUUCAAGACGGCGUCCAAGACGGCCUCCAUUUCAAACAAUCCCCUUUAACUCAUAGCAGUUAGUCUAGGAAGCUAUUUUUGGUGUCGAGCCGUAUGUUUUUGGGGCCAAUGAAUACAACGAAAUCGUUCAUUAUAUUGUGGGGUGAUUUACAUGAUAGUAAAAUUCAAAAUGCCAGACAAUAUGGCCCAUUAACUCGAUCACGGCGGUUGGGGCGAUUUUUUCACCAAGCCAAACUGUAU